AUGAAAUCUGGCAAUUUUACAGAUAUUCGAGUUUUGGUCUCAAGUUUUGCUUUUCAAAGCUUAAAAUAUGGAAUUGAAUUAAACAUGCUUUUUCGAGAACUUUUAAAGGAUAAAUUUCUGUGUUCAUUUAAUUUCCUUUGGUUUGUUGUUUAUUCGUAUUGUGAAUCCCCAAAAGUUUAA